AUGAAGCUUAGUCGAAAAGAACGUUUUGGUCUAUUUAUUAUAGUAUUUCUUCUUUUUCUUUAUAUUAUUCUAUCGAGUACCAUCAUUCAAAAUAAUAAAUAUUAUGUCACAUCAUUAACAAGUUUACUUCGAUUCAACUCUUAUCGAACUAAUCAUUGUCUGAAUGAUUUUAUUGAAUCAUCAUCUAUAAAUAGACUAAAUCUACCAAGAAUACUUAUUGUAAUAGGUACACGUCCUGAAGCAAUUAAAUGUGCACCACUUAUUGCUGAACUAAAAUCUGAUCGUUAUCAUUCAAGAUUUCAAGUUAUUGUUAUUAGUACUGGUCAACAUCGAGAAAUCUUACAACAAACAUGA